AUGACCCAGUCUGCCCCCGACAAUCGUAUCCGCCUACUGGCAACAGCCUUUGUGGUCUACCACCAUAGAGACCUGUCCAAAGCCCGGCAAUUCUUUCUGGAUUUCGGCCUAUUCAUUGCAGAAGAGCGGGAGGGCGAAAUAUUCUUCAAAGGGUACGGCUCAGAACCCUUCAUCUACCAUGCAGUGCAGGCCGAAGACGGGAAGCGCAGCUUCCAUGGCGCAGCUUAUCAAGUCGAAUCCCGAGCCGAUCUCGAAAACGCCGCACGUCUGGCAGGCGCAACGCCUAUAGCACCUUUUUCAGCCCCAGGCGGCGGGGAAAUCGUUACAUUGCUGGACCCGGUCGGCCACAAGGUCCAUUUGGUGUACGGGCAGGAGAAAACAACGACGGCUGAAGCCCCAAAGAUGGAGAAGCUAACGGUCAACUAUGAAGACGAAAAGCCGCGUAAAGGUCGCUUCCAACGGUUCAGUCUGGGCCCGGCGCCUGUCCACCGGUGGGGCCAUUACGGGGUGACGUAUCCAGCUGGCAAGUACGAGGAGAUGUAUGCGUGGUAUACGACUACACUUGCACUGGCCCCGUCGGACAUCGUGUACAGAGGCUCUGAACCCAUUACUUGCUUCUUCCAUAUUGACCGCGGCCUGGAAUAUACCGAUCACCACGCGUUCUUCUUCAAGCCAGCCAAGGAGAGCCAGGAACUUGAUGUGGCGCACGCGGCCUUUGAGGUGCACGACUUUGAUAUCCAGCAGCUGGGCCACCAGCACCUGCGCGACAAGGGUUAUAAACUAUGUUGGGGGGUUGGCAGACAUGUGCUCGGCAGCCAGGUAUUUGACUACUGGUUUGAUAGUAGCGACUUUGUUGUGGAGCACUAUGCGGAUGGUGACUUGGUCAAUUCCGAAACGACCAUUGCCAAAGUGCAGGCAGGCCCGCAGGCGCUGUCCGUCUGGGGUCCCCCGGUACCCGAGGUCUUUUGA